GAGGGCGGGGCGUGCGUGCGCCCUGCUGCUGGCAAGCGGCAGCUGAUUGGGGCGUGCGUUGCUUGGCAACGCGAUGGUGCAGGCGCGGCCUAGGCUCAGGCCUUGGACCCGAGCGUCGCGGGGUUGCCCUGCCUAAGCUCUGAGCCUCUGCUUCCCGGGCCGGUAACCCCGCUGGCCAGCCCAAGGGCUACCACCCACCCUGUCUCCCAACCAUCCCUGCUGUGUGUGCAGUAACCAGCCAUACAGAAUUCCCUUCCCACUGCGGUCAGUGGGGCGGGAGGACCUGAGAAGGUCCCUCCACCGCACACAGGGCCUUCAUUUCAUGCUAUGAGCACUCAACUUUGCUAAAAACUUUUGUUAAGAACCUUGCAAGAGAGUUGCAGGCGUACAAGGGCACUGUCAGUGUUUGCUGGCUUCAUGCCUGUGUGAAUAAUUAAAAUUAAAUAAUGAAUGAGGAGGGAAAAUCCCUGCUCUGCAGGUCUCAGGCAGCAGCAGUUACCUGGGGUGCAGGCCUCUCUCAAACACCUCAAACCCUGCGGCUUUAGCUCAAUCCUCUUUGCAGCCCUCUGUUUUCUAAUGACUGAAGUGGCUGGGGGAGAUCAGGAGCAGGAGAGAUGGAACAGGACGUGCAGCCCUUCACUGCUGUUUUCAAAGUUAAGAAGCUAAUCAGAGCUGAAAACGAGUGAAAUUAAUGCAGACAACAAUUCUUAUGGUUCCCAAAGUCUCCUGUGGCAUUUCCUGUUACAAGAGAUCGCUGAAACCAGCAGCUUAAUAGGCUUUAGGGGGGGACUAUAUACAUAUGAGGAUAUUGCAAAGGCUUGCAGUUACAUUAGAGGAUUAAACAAAACAGGAGAGGAAGAGAAAUAAACCCUCUGGGGAGUGUAACUAACUGCAAGGCUUAGCAAGGAGAUUAGGAUUGAGAAGUGCAUGUUUUUUCCACUGUCCAUUUUCUUCCACUUCCACGUGUGCAAUCACGGCUGUUUUUGGCAGCAUGCUGACCAUGUCCUUCGGCUUUCCUGUGCUGUAUCCCCCAUUUUCCCUGCAAAAUCCAAGGGGACUGCAACAGCUUUUGGUACAGGGUUUGGGGCUGACAGUACACCCUGAGCUCCACAAGCUUCGUCCCUGCUUUGGAAACAUCUCCCCAAGGCCAUGAAAGCAUCUUUGUGCCUUGCACUGCAGUGGGAUGGAAGGUCCCACACUGCACUGGCUGGAGAAACCACUGCAGCCUCUGUGUUUCACUCUGGGGCUCCUUCUUCCAUUUCCUAAUGAGAGACAUAGUAAGAUUUUGCCCUCAUUGGCCCAAGUUGGGAAAAACCAUCAAACAUUUUUUUGGUAAGAAAAAAAAGAAGAAAGAAUAGCUAUGUUGGGAGGCCAAGGGAAAAAAAUUAGUGAAAAAUGUUCCUUGCUGCAUGGUUUAUCCCUUGGUUAUCUUUGUUCUAACAGGCACAGGAACACACUGGCAAUCAAUUUGAAGCCCUUUAUCAAAACAUCCUGCACAGCUCCAGCCUCAGUUCCAGCCCGCUCCAUCACAUGCUCAAAUAUUCGUUGUGUUUAAUUGCUUUAUUCCAGUUUUGCAGAGCUUGGGUUUUGCCUCCGGGCUGAUCCAGCAGCUGUCUGCACCUCACUUCAGACCCAGCCGGGUUUCUGUUUUCAUCUCAUUUUAUUGCUUCUGCCACAAAUUGAGCUGUAACUCAUUCUGAAUGCCAUGUAUAAAUGAGCACUUCCACCUGGUAUAACUUCAUGAAAAGGGUUAAACUGUCUUUUCUAAAUACAAUAAAGCAACACUGAAAUGCGAGGAAAAGUUUUGUGUGGCCCAGCCGCUCCCUGUGUGUCGUAAGUGCUUGGCAAUAAGCAAUUUGUUCAUUGAGCAAGCUAUAAAAAAUACAGCAGGUAAAGGCCCUGAGUGCAAAUACCCUCCAGCAGCCAUUAGGGGCUCCUGGGGCUGGGCACCAUCGCCUCUUCCCUUCCCUGGGAGAGCAGCCGCUUUUCUCCAUGUUCCUGCUCCUCUCCGCUUGGCCCAUUAGCCGAGGCAUUAAAUUUUAACAUUUUCCUCGUGCUGCUGUGAGUGAGUGCGUGCCUGGGUGGGUGCCAGGGCCCUGGGGAUGCAGAGGGGCUCCUGAUGACACCUGUGGGAUGCUGAUAUGGGGGCACCAUGCCCGCAGCCCUGGGGGCACUGAUGGAGGCGAUGGAUGUGGGUUAGGGACAUCUGCCCUCUGGGUUCGGUCCUGGGGAACUUUGCACCAAGGACGGGGCUCAGAGCCAUGCUGAAUGGGAGCUGCCUCCCCACAGCACAGCAUGGCCAGGAGCUUUCCGGCCGCGAGAAGUUAAAAAUCCAUCGAUGUUUGCCAUUAGGGUGGGAGUGGCUGGGAUAGAUGAGCUGCAACCAGACCAAAGCACUGAAUAACUCCCAGGGAGUGAUGAUGAUUCUGAUGGGGAAACUCUCCACGUCCUCCCACUGCCAUCCGCAGGGAGCUGCCCCAGGGCUUGGACGCCAGCUGGGGUGAGGGGCUGGCUCCUGGCACUGCUGUGCUGAGUUUGCCAGGACUCAGCCGCAGCACUGGCGAGCCCUGUGGCAUUGGGCUGGGCUGGCGGCGGCAGCCGAGGAGUUAAUUCCCAGCCUCACCGCAUGGCUCUGGAGCUAUUAAUACCCGCACGCUGCUGAUCUGCCAGAGCGAGCUGCGGCUCCGCUGUGAGACCGGUCCUGUGCAGCCACGGCUCCUCGUGCCACAACUUUCCUCCGUGGGCGCACCGAGCACCUGCUCACCACGAGCCCCUGCACUGCGACUGCUGUGGUGACGGAGCUGGGGGCACCGGGGCCGUGCCCAGCUCCUGGGUGCCACGUGGGCACUGGAGAGGGCCAGCUCCAUCCUUUGGCUUUGGAAGCGUGGUGGGGCUGAGACGGAGCCUCAUCCUGCCCCACCGGAGCCCUCAGCCACAGCAAUGCCACCCCAGAUCCCGGCACAUGCCCGAUGAACACCGGUCCCAACUGCAAGAUGGGUGCCAGGACAGCACUGGGCACCGGUGCGAGGGGGAUGCAGGUCAUAGCCCAGCCCAGAGCUGCCUCCUCUUGUGGUGAGCAAACAGCCCUGGUGCUCAGCUCGGUGGUGUGAGGCUCCCCGGCACCAUGGCCCUGGCUGGGUGAGCCCCACCAGCAGCACUGCUGAGGGCGAGGAAGAUGCCAGCGCUGCUCCGGUGCAGCCCAGUCCGCUCUCGCCCUUGCCCAGGUCCAGCGACCACCAGAACCGAGCAAUGGAUUCCUUCUGCUUCGUCUGCUUCCAGAAAGAGGAGCUGCAGCCCCUGCACUUCCACAGCACAGCCAUGAGCGCCGGUUCGAUCGAGCAGGAGCCGUCGCGCAAGCUGGCGUGCUGCGGGGUGCCGCUCAUCACCGAAGACAUGCAGUCGCUGGCCAUCCGCACCCUCUCGGGCACCGACAUCAACAAGCACUACGACCUCAUCCGCGAGCUCGGCAAGGGCACCUACGGCAAGGUGGACCUGGUGUCCCACAAAAGCACAGGCACCAAGAUGGCCCUGAAGUUCGUCAACAAGAGCAAGACGAAGCUGAAGAACUUCCUGCGGGAGUUCAGCAUCACCAACACGCUCUCCUCCAGCCCCUUCAUCAUCAAGGUCUUCGACGUGGUCUUCGAGACAGAGGACUGCUACGUCUUUGCUCAGGAGUACGCCCCGGGAGGGGACCUCUUCGACAUCAUCCCCCCGCAGGUGGGGCUCCCCGAGGACAUGGUGAAGCGCUGCGUGCAGCAGCUGGGCCUGGCGCUGGACUACAUGCACAGCAAGAGCCUGGUGCACCGGGACAUCAAGCCGGAGAACGUGCUGCUCUUCGACCGCGACUGCCGCCGCGUCAAACUGGCCGACUUCGGCAUGACCCGCAAGGUGGGCUGCCGGGUGAAGCGCAUCAGCGGCACCAUCCCCUACACGGCGCCCGAGGUGUGCCAGGCCGGCCGCGCCGAGGGCUUCGCCGUGGACACCAGCAUCGACGUCUGGGCCUUCGGGGUGCUCAUCUUCUGCGUCCUCACCGGCAACUUCCCCUGGGAGGCGGCGGCCGCGUCCGACACCUUCUUCGAGGAGUUCGUGCGGUGGCAGAAGGGCCGCCUGGCGGGGCUGCCCUCGCAGUGGCGACGCUUCACGGACAGCGCGCUGCGCAUGUUCCAGCGCCUGCUGGCCCUCGACCCCGAGAAGCGCUGCCCCGUCAAGGAGGUCUUCUACUUUAUCAAGUACGACCUGAUGGCCGAGGUGCGCCGCCGGCCCUCCUACCGCUCCCGCAAGCACGCCGGGGACAAGCUGCCCGCCGGGCCGCACCGCCACGAGCCCGCCGCCUCCUGCACGCCCGCCCCGCUCAAGAGGACCAUCCUGACCGACGGCCCCGCCACGCGGCUCAACGGCCCCGAGCCCAGCGCGGCCUCGCCCGGCCCGGCCGGCAGGACAGACGGACGGCAGGACAAGGGCAAGGGGCAGAUGGUGCUGGCCACGGCGAUAGAGAUCUGCGUCUGAGGGCGCGGGGCGGUGCGCGGCCCCGCUCCCGGCGGCACCGUCCCGUCCCUUGGCACGGGGGCUGCGGGUGGCUGCAGGGCCGGGGGCUGCGCCUCCGUACGCAGAAACAAGAAGAGGACAGAACUGGUUGCGCUCAGUAGCACUGAGGAUGCCGGUGCCGCCAUCCUGCCCGGGGGGCAGGAGCCGGGGGGCACCGGUGCCGCUGUCCCCGUCCCCGCGGCCGCGCUGCCCCUCCGGGAUCCCCCCGUGGUGCCGUGGGGAGAGGUCCUCCGUGACAACACGACGGGGCUGUGCGGGGGCCCUGGGAAGGCCGAUGACCCCACGCCUGGAGGAGGCCUUCGGGGCGGCCCCUGCCCCGCGCUGGGCACCGGGAGGGGACGAGGGGGGCCGGGAUGGAGGGGACCCCCAUGGCCGCUCCCUGCCACGAUGUAGCAAGCGUCACUGUGCGUCACCCCGUCCUCCCUGCCCGGAGCGAUGGCCGCAGCGAUGCUCCUCCGACGGGGGGGAGGACAGCCGGCCGGGAGCCACGGGGUCACCCUGAGGAGCCCCGCGUCGCCGUCCCCUCCGGCCCCCAACUACCGCACAAAGGGCUAUCACGCUCCCGAAGCAGCAGCAGUUUACACAGCAGCCGCCAGGCAGGUGGGGUCCCGCCGCCCCCGCGCCCCCACCACCGGCGCCGCUGCCCCGUCCCCAUGUCCCCACAUCCCCAUGUCCCCACAUCCC